AUGGGGGCCUCUGGAAGCUGCAGGUCCUCCAUAAAACCUCUGUGCUGUGCUUCUCUUUCCUUUGUUCUGCUCCUGUCCAUGAUUAUGACCACGCAUGCCUGCCCAAAGAUCUGUCACUGCUCUGACAGGAAUGGCAUGGUAGUGCAGUGCACUUCUCGCAACCUGGAGAGCAUCCCGUCCAACCUGCCCAAAGACACUGUGGUUCUCCUGCUGUCGUCCAACCGGAUCAGGCACGUCCCGAGGGAGGCCUUCACGGACCUCCACCGCCUCCGGGAGCUGGACUUAUCUCAAAACGCCAUCGAGAGCGUGGAGGUCGGUGCCUUUCAGGGAAUCUCAGAUGCCCUGCGGACCUUAGAUCUGUCAAACAACCACCUCAGCAGCCUCCCGAAGGACACCUUCACCAAGCUGCAUGCCCGGGUCCGCCUCUCCCACAACCCCUGGCACUGCGAGUGCUCGCUGCAGGAAGUGCUUCGGGAGCUGAGGCUCGACCCCGAGACCGUCAAUGAGGUCAACUGUUUCACGUCUGUGCAGGAGGAGUAUGUGGGGCAGCCGGUGAUCCAGGUCCUGGACUCGGGGAUCAACUUCUGCAACUUCCACCACAAGACGACGGACGUGGCCAUGUUCGUGGCCAUGUUCUGCUGGUUCUCCAUGGUGACGGCGUACAUUAUUUAUUACAUCAAACACAACCAGGAAGACGCCAGGCGGCACAUGGAGUACCUUAAGUCGCUGCCCAGCACCUCGCACAUCAGUAAGGACUUCGACACGGCUAGUAGCGUGUUUUAG